GCCAAAUACUCAAUUUCUCAAGCUCUCACUGGCUCCUUCAUGCAUUCAAAUGUUUCCUUCUAUGGCUGCACCUUUGCCAGCUGGCAGGAUACAUGGCACACCGGCCUAGAUGCUUACUCAUAUGCUGUUGACACCAUAAUAUACGGUCAAACUGAUUCUUGUGAUGGCAGUAUCGCAGCAUGGUUAGGCACAGAAGGCACCAGGAAUGGGGUAUUCAUUAUCGAUCCAAAAAUCAUUCGGUCCCUAGAUGCAAAUAGCACCACCGUUACUAAUGGUCAAUGCUACCUCGGACGCCCAUGGAACCCCCUGGCUAUCACUGUAUAUUUACACGCAUAUAUGGAUGAAAGCAUUCAUCCUGAUGUUUUCACCCCUGGUCCAGAACAAUAUCAUUCGUCUGGUCCUGGAGGGAACAUGUCGAAACGUCUACCCCAAGAGUAUAUCUUGACCGACAUGCAGGUGAAUGAGAAAAUCUCACUGGAACCAGUGUUCGCUGGUAAACCGACGUGGAUUGACUUUGAAUGUGGUGUAAGCGGGGUGGCUGAAGUGUUUAGCGGUGUUUAGAGUGGAGUUUGCCAGUAAUGUUGAGGUUCAUAGUGCGUUAUGUGGGAAGCGCAAUCCAUCGGAUCCCAUCCUUCCUUGAGU